GCAUCGUAGACCUCCACCAUCUUGUCUACCGACGAACCGGGGCGACGUGUUGGAAUAAAAACGUUUCGCGCACCUUAACGACCGAAUUAAUUCCGUUCUUUAAUUUUAACGGAGGAAAACAGAGGAGAAUAAAUACGACGUAAACAAUUUCCACCGCACGUAACCCAAACAGCAGAAGUAACGACGUGACGUUUAGUCGGUGCCAUUACCACGUCAUAAACUCCUCCUACGUCGUCUCCACUGCGGAACUUCCGAUCUAGUGGCGCCAUCUGUGGCCGGUCAUCGUCGUCGCGGCCAACGUAAGUUAUAAAUGGAGCGGCCGGUCGAUUCAGCCCGAGAAUCGUAAAUAAGUGUCGAGGGAAGGAAUGAAGAUGGAAUUAGAGAUUAAGGUUUUCACUCUGAACGUCUGGGGAAUCGUCGGCAUCAGCAAGAAUAGGAAGGAGAGAAUAAUAGCCAUCGCCUCCCACCUGGCCAGUUCCGAUUACGACUUUGUGUUUUUACAAGAGGUUUGGAGUCAGGAAGAUUAUAAAUACAUAUGUAAGAAAACUGCAUCGGUUCUUCCUUAUGCCCACUAUUUUUACAGUGGCGUGUUUGGAAGCGGAGUCUGCAUACUUUCAAAAAGUAAGAUAAGAGACACAGCAAUGAACAAGUACAGUCUGAACGGAUACGCUCACAAGCUACAGCACGGCGACUGGUUCGGCGGCAAAGUGGCAGGACUCUGCAAGGUGAAUCAUUCGGGACUGAACAUAAAUCUUUAUAUAUCUCACUUACACGCGGAGUAUAACCACUUCAACGAUCAGUACCUACCUCAUCGGGUGGCCCAGGCCUUCGAGUUCAGUCAGUUCAUCAGUACCACCAGUCACGACGCCGACGUCUGCAUCGUUGCCGGCGACUUCAACACGGAGCCGUCGGAUCUGGUGUAUAAAAUCAUCGCGGCCAACGCCGGGUGCCACGAUUCCUUCGCCACCCAACCCAAAGCCGAAGAGAUGUGCGACGGGGCCACGUGUGGUCAUCCUCGAAACACUUACAGCCACAAGUCGGAACUGAAGGAGUGCCCAUUGGGCAAGCGACUAGAUUACAUCAUGUAUAAAUACAAGAGUGGAAUCAUGGUGGAGUGCUUGUCGUGCGAAACACCCCUUCACAAAAUACCUGGAGGCACGGUCUCCUAUUCGGAUCACGAAGCCGUCGUGGGACGCCUCUUCGUCAAGAAGUCUGCCGACCCGCUCGCACCUCGGUUCCGGUUAACCUCGGAAGCGGAAGUGACAUCCACCGGUUUCGUUACAGUGUUCCGGAACUGCUACCAACCGGAAGGGAGGGAAGCCGCCCUAGACGAAGGAUACCGUCUAUUGACCGACAACCUGUCGUCUCUAAAGAACGACCGCAUCUUCUACUUUAUCAUGUCGUGUCUCAUCAUCUGCCUGCUGCUGGUCAGCGUGCCCUUCGAAGUCCCUUACGGGUGCUGGACCGUCCUGGUGUGUCUGAGAAUGGUCCUGUCCGUCACUUUCGCUUUCUGCGUCUGGAUGAGCGUCGUCAUGAACAGCAUGGAGUACAACUCGCUCCUGUCUGCCGCCACGGGCAUGAAAGUCCUGCUCGACGCCAUGGCCGAGGAUCGCCUUUCCACUCAGAAGUUAGGCAUUUAGGGGCGUUUUCGACUCCUUUUUUUAUUUUUCGAAGUACCUUUUUUUAUUUUUUUUUUGUAACAUUUUUCCCCCUCCUUUAUUUUCGAUAGGACUUACACACGUACACGCGCCAUACGUUGCAUUCCGACGUUUUGCAUUCGGUAGCCCGCGGCCGGAACCCUCUUUCGGUCGGGGGUCCGCCUCUAGUUCCAUUCCGAUCCCCGCCGGAUGGGAAGUAAAGUUGGCGCGCGAGUCGAUCGAGCGUGACGCGACAAACAUUCCUCGUUUAAAGGUCCAAUGCCCGAAGGAAGCGAUUGCGGGUGUGAUUCCCGUCGGCCGUCGCGGUGUUUUGGCUAAACUUCACUCCCUAAUUUUUGGCUCAAAAACACGUAAACAUGAACAAAAUUUCAAUUAAAAAAAAAACAACUCUCUCUCUCUCUCGGUGCCAAGAAAAAAAUUCCGUCCUUAGGUAACUAAUUCGUAGAAGCAGCUGGAUACUUUCUACUCUGGUUUACUACUCGAUCACGUGGGUAGCGUUUGCGUGACGUAGCUUUCAAACACAGCAACCGUCGACCAGCGGGUUUCCGGCGAGGCACGUGCCAAUUGUUUCUCGUACGGUCGAGAGCGUCGAAUUUGAAUUUUUCGAAUUUUUAGCGUUAUUCUCGUUAAGUGCAAUUACGUUCAUCCGUAACUAAAUUUUAAUUUACCGGGAGUGCGGGUGGAGGCGCGAGAUUCUAGUCACCCUUCGAUGCCAAAAUAAAAAACAACAACAGCAGAAAAACUUUGCACCGUCUUUCAGAAAUUAUCCUUGUAUACAACGUUUACAUUUCCGAAAUUUAAUAUACUCACUGCUCAAUAUUUACUCCAGUUUUUUGUAGAUCGUAACGUAACUGCCCGAACUCACGUAGAUGUUCAGAAAUAAUCGAAAAAAAAAAUACAGUGCGGGGGGCAUCCGAAACACCUUCCAUUAGACGUUUCUCUUAGUCGUAGGUAGGUUAGUUGGUGACGUAAAGUGAAACACGUGCGAGACACGCCGUAUAUAUACAUAUAUACACACACGCGCCACGUGCUUGUAUAGUUGCUCAAAACAAUACGUUUUUAAUCGAUCAGUCGCACUCGAACGAACUUCGAAUGGGAAUCUUGAAUUUCACCGUCACGCGUCACGAUUGCAGUCUCGCGUCUCGCGGGCCAUUUACGAGACGGCGGGACGUAACGCCAAGGAACUAUUUUGAUUAACUUAUUUUACACCCCCCGAAUGUACGUCCAGUGAAAGAAAUAAAAACGUCAAACACUA